AUGGCAAAGUUGAUAUCUCCUCAACAGUCAGCCUAUAUCAAGGGCAGAAGCAUUCAAGAUCAAAUUAUGUUGGCUUCAGAAAUGGUGAAUGAAAUGAAGAAAACAAGAAGAGGGAGCAAUGUAGGAGUGAAGCUUGAUAUAUCACAGGCAUAUGACUCAGUUAGCUGGGAAUUUUUACUUCAAGUACUGAGCAGGUAUGGAUUUUCCAAUAGAUGGUGUCAAUGGUUGAAAAUUUUAUUUGAAUCUGCAAGAAUUUCUGUGUCAAUAAAUGGAGGACCACAUGGCUUCUUUUCUGUUGGAAGAGGCUUGAGACAAGGAGAUCCUUUGUCUCCAACUCUUUUUGUGCUUAUGGAAGAUGUCUUAAGUAGAUGCAUUUUGAAGAUGGUGCAAGAAAAGCUGAUAAGUCCAAUGGUGAUUAGGAAAGGAAUUCAUCCAACCCACUUAUUUUUUGUUGAUGAUGUGUUUUUAUUUUGCAAUGGAGCCAAAAAAAGUGUUGAGCAUCUUGCAAAACUAUUGGAAGACUAUCAAAGAGGUUCAGGGCAAAGAAUAAAUAAAGCUAAAAGUAAGUUGUUUAUUGAUGGAACCACUUCAUUAAGGAAGCAACUAAUUAAGGAGAUUCUACACAUGGAGAUUAACACAUUUCCUGAUAAAUAUUUAGGAGUAAUCCUUGCUCCUGGCAAAGUAAAAAUCAGUUCAGUGUGGCCAAUGGUUGAGUUAAUGCAAAAAAAGUUAGCAGCUUGGAAGGGAAGGCUCUUAUCAUUUCAAGACAGAUUGGUGUUAAUCAAAAUUAUAAACUCAAAGGAAGAUUGGGCUAUGUUUAUCAAAGCAAAUUUCACAAAUAGAAAAGGGCAAUGGAGUGAUGACUGGAAGAAAUCUACCAUUUGGUCAGGUUUAAAAUGGGCUUGGAAUAAUAAUCUGCAUAUGAAAGUGGCAAAUCUUAUUUACAACAACAGAUGGGAGGUGCCAAUGGAGACGCAACAACUUCUGAAUGCUAAAAAUUUGCCUGAGCUGGGUAUAGGGCAUGAUCAGCUAAUAUGGACUGGCAAUUUACAAGGAGUGUUUGUAGAUGACACAGUCAUGGUGAAAAGAGGAUAUGAAUUAGCUUCCAGAUGCUGUGUAUGUGAGGAAAGCCAAGACAGUAUGAAUCACUUGUUAUGGCACUGUUCUUUUAGUGUAGAAAUUUGGAGCUGGCUCCGCAGUAUCUUUGAAGUUGGUCUUCCUCAUUCUUUUGAUAAUAUCUGGAACUAUUCAAAGAAUAAAAGUCCUCUCAUGAAAGAAGUUUGGAUUACUGCUGCUUGCUAUAUUAUCAAGGAACUAUGGUUUCAAAAGAAUAAAAAAUAUUUUGAGGAGGUCAAGCCAAAUAUUCAGCAUUUCAAGCAAAAAAUAAUAAAAAUUGUAUCUGAAGGAGGACUGAGAAUGAAGGGCACUAAAUGGAAUCAGAAUUAUGAUCUUCAAAUAAUUGAUUUCUUCAAUUUGGGUUGCAGACAAAGAAAAUUUCAGUGCAUUAAAAGUUUCUACUGGAUUCCUCCACAAAUAGGUUUUACUCUCUUUUAUUGUGAUGGAGCAUCAGUGGGUAAUCUAGGAGCAGCAGGAUUUGGUAUUGUUGUAAGGAAUCAUCUGUAUUAG